AUGUCAUUUUUUCACCAUUCCUGCUUUAUUCUUUUGAAUCUCCUCACCUUUAUAAUAGCUUCGCUUGAUAAUAUAAAGGCCUACAUGCAUCAUCGCGCAAUUCCAAGCUCUUUAGAGGCUAGAGUGAUCCGUUGGUAUGACUACUUGUGGGCGGAGAACAAGUUGGCGUACACUCAAGAGGACACUGUUUUGCAGAGCCUACCGCAUCGCCUACGAGCAGAGAUCGCUUUGCAUGUGCAUUUGGACACUUUGAAGCAAGUAGAGAUCUUCCAAAACACCGAAGAAGGCUUCCUUUCCGAGCUGGUACUUCGGCUGCGCCCAGUUCUCUUUGGGCCAGGAGACUAUAUAUGCAAGAAGGGUGAGGGCAUAUUUUUAUUUUUUAAUGGAUAUACCAGACCAAUACAUACUUUCAAAGAAUUCUGUGAAAAAAGUUAG